CAGAUUACCUCGGGAGACACUGAUCACCCAACAACUGUGGUGGGUGACAGCUCUCGGACCUGGACGGCGUGAGCGCGAUGGACAGUUUGUAACUUUGUUUUUGUAGUGGAACGUCAAGUACACAUUCACGGACCAAACUACGGGACUAUGCCCAGUGCCGAUACAAGUUUAUCAGAAGUAGAGAGAUAUAACAUCUGCGGCGAAAUGGCGGAGUGCGGCAGUGAUGGGAACAACAUCCUCAGCCUCCCGGUACCGAUGCGGCGGGGGGGCUCUGAGUCCAACCUGGUGUCUGACGGGGGCGUGGGCCUGGACUUCACUAAGGGCCGUCUGGCCAUCGACAGCCUGCAGCAGAAGAUACUCAAGGUGACAGAGCAGAUCAAGGUGGAACAGACAGCCAGGGACCAGAACGUGGCAGAGUACCUCAAACUGGUCAACAACGCUGACAAGCAGCAGGUGGCACGCAUACGGCAGGUGUUUGAGAAGAAGAACCAGAAGUCUGCCCACAGCAUCGCCCAGCUGCAGAGGAAGCUGGAGCAGUACCACCGCCGUAUGAAGGAGGAGGYCAACGGGGCCAAGCACCYGCCCAGGGAUKCCCGGGGGGAGGGGGGYAAGGAGGGCCAAAAGGACGGCAGCCUGCGGGACGUCAGCUCGGCCAGCGYGCGCAACCCGGCAAUGGACAAGGUCAAGACCAUCGGCCCCGGGGUCUCCCUCUCGCCCCCCUUCUUCUUCAACAAGUCGCGGGAGUUCGCCAACCUCAUCCGCAACAAGUUCGGCAGCGCCGACAACAUCGCCCACAUGAAGAGUUCCAUGGAGACGGGGGCGGGGCUCCAGGCGGAAGGCGGAGCCGGGGCCCGGGCGCUGAGCGGCAGCGCCACCACGAUUGCCAAGGCCAAGUACCCCAGCGACGAUGAAUGUUCCACGGGGACCUCUGUGUCGGCCGACUCCAACGGGAACCCGGCGGGGGGGUCGGGGUUGGGGUCAGGGGGGGGUGGGCCGGGGAGGUCGGASUCUCAGGGGAGGCUGGGGGAGGUGCUGGAGGAGGUCAGGGAGAUUAGGGAGGCCCAGGCACAGCUGGCCGAGGACAUGGAGUCACUGAAAAGCCAGUUCAAGAGAGACUACAGCUUCAUCACACAGACGCUGCAGGAGGAGAGAUACAGGUUUGAGCGGUUAGAGGACCAGUUAAAUGACCUGACAGAGUUGCACCAGCAUGAGACCAGUAACCUGAAGCAGGAGCUGGCCAGCAUCGAGGAGAAGGUGGCCUACCAGGCCUACGAGAGAGCUAGGGACAUCCAGGAGGCUCUGGAGUCGUGUCAGACACGUGUCUCUAAGCUGGAGCUCCAGCAGCAGCAGCAGCAGACAGUACAGGUGGAGAACACAGACGCCAAGGUGAUGCUGGGGAAAUGCAUCAACAUCAUGCUGGCCAUCGUCACGGUGAUCCUGGUGUGCGUUUCCACGGCGGCCAAGUUCACCGCGCCCCUCCUGCGAAGCCGCGUGCACCUGGCACUCACCUGCGUGGGUUUGUCCCUACUGGCAGUCAUCUGGAAGAACUGGGAGCACCUGCAGUGUGCCCUGGAACGCAUGCUCCUCCCACACUGAGCUAGACUCCUCCCAUGUUAAGCUAGGCUCCACCCAGUCUGAGUUUGUCCCCCUCACAAUGUGGGUUUGGCGCGUCCCACACUGAGUUUGGGACUUUGGAACUCUGUGAUGUUGUCAUAGCGAUAGAUUAAAUGUGCGGGGUUUACAAUGUAGCCUUACACCCCAACACCCUCGUGUCUCUCCCCCUCUCUGUUUUUUGGAGUUUGGACAAAACUCCUUGAGGGAAAUUGUUUCCAAACGAUGCCAGUGUGCCACUACAGUACAAAUUACAGGAAAGCAAGACAUCUGGGACUGACCAAUCAGAUGGUGGCUACAGAGGAAGCAGGACCAGGCACAUACAGUAUUAUUGGGGACACUGAUCUUUGUGUGGUUGUCAAUCUCAAUAGGACAUUGAACUGCACUAUGCAGGUGGUAAGCUUAUGUAUAACCUUUAAGAGAAACAAGGGGUUCACUGAUUGGUUCCUUGUCUUUUGCGGAGUCGUACUUACGUCACCUUUAUUACACUAACACACUGACAGUAUUAAAAACGAAUUCUCCCAGAAGACCUCUGGUUCUGAUCCACACACAGUCUCACUCCCAUCCCCCCAAGCCACCAUGAUACACAUUCAUCCACACACACACUGAGAGGAAUGUGACUUGUGUGUCUGUAUGUACAGGGUGUUCUCCAUAUGAGAGCGCUUUGUCUGUGUGGACCUAUACUGUACUGUGUGGACCUAUACUGUACUGUUAAGUGAUGAAAUGUUUUAUAAUUGG